GCGAGCGGCCCGAAGGUAGGGUCUAGGCAUGUCAGUAGCGGCAAGGGGUCAGCUUCUUAGGAGGGGGAUGAGGGCUGGUCCGCUGGCGGGGGGGUUGCUGGGGGCUCACCCGCCCUUGAGCGCGGGAGGCGGCUGGCGGGGCGUAGCUGGGGGCUCACCCGCCCUUGAGCGCGGGAGGCGGCUGGCGGGACGUGCGGCUUGGGAUUUGUGAGCGUUGGGGAGGGUUGCGCCGCCACUCCGAUUAUCGUGGUGUUAGGACCGUUAUUCCCUGGAAGGGUUAGUGCGCAUGUUCAGUAACGUCUGCUUCAGCCUCCCCUUACUGGCCCUCGGAACGGCUGCUGCCAAGGGGUCGGGGGGCUCAGGGAGGGAGGGGGAUGGGUGUAGCUUGCCCCGAGGGUGGAAGCAGGGCCGGCAGCUUCUUCCUUUUGCCGUCCGCGGCGGCAGUUUUUUUCGCUGCUUGGGGCUGCAAAAACUGCAGAGCCGGCCCUGGGUGGAAGGAGGGGGCAGAGGGGCGGGAGCUGGGGGUAACAAAGGGGGAGAUGGGGUGGCAGGGAGGGGAGCCCUGCAGAGUGGUUUGACGUUCCCGUGGAUGGGGUGAGCCACCUGCAGUGGUUGCCAGGGGGGCAGGUGCUCCUGGCUGGCUGUGCUGCCUUAGCACCCCUGCCCCAGGGUUGUGGCCUUAGAAGUGCAGUGUAGCCCUAUGCCGACGUGUUGCAGCCUGAAAUAAGGUACUGAGUGGCCAAAAAAAGUUGGUUCCCUGAUACGUCCACCACCCUAAAACUGGUCACAACUCUGCCUGGGUUUGUGUGAGGAGAAUGCCUCCGCAGGCAUACAGUAUCUGUAGGGAGCCUGACAGCAGUGCCAGCUUUGGCUUAGCUACCAUACGGUGAGCCUACAUGGGACUCCAUUUCCUGUUACCCACUAAUGAAGGUUGCCCAGUGCUGCUUCAUGCCUUUCCAGAGUGCAGAGAGUAGCUAAACUUAAACCUCUAAAAAACAGGAAGUACAAAGUUAAGAACUUGGGCUUAGGUUCAGCUAAACAAACAGGAGCCACCCACACUUAGACACUGAGCUUGCUGCACACAAACCAUCCCAGACUGACAAAGCAUGUAGAACUCAGUGCUGAAAUGAGACAUAUUUGAUCCCUCAAGAGGUUGGAGUUGGGGCCUCUUCAUCCUCCAUCACAUCAUUACCAAAAGCAGCAGAAGAUCACUCCCAUGCUAGGCCAUGAACACUGUCUUCUCCUCCCCAUCUGACAGUGGUGGUGAGAGUAACCUGGAAUUAACAUCACAAUGGAUCAAACAUGCUUGGCUCUUCCUGUCCAUAUGAGGAGGAAUUGCUAGUUGGGAUAUGACAUCCCCUCAGAGGUAUGCUGCUGUCUUCUGAGGCCCAGGAUUCCAGGGCACCAUCAGAAGAGAAAUGUUCACAGAAACUUUUCUUGUGUAGUAGAUGAAUAAGAGGAUGGAGGAAUAAUACAAACAGCAGUGAUACAGUUGCCAGCAAGAAGCUGGCUCUCAAAAUUUGUGAUUCAGGACUUUGUAAGCCUCUUGAAGUUCUGCUACACACAUCUGUCUUGUAGCUGCUUCUGGUGAAUAUGUCUAUAAAAUACUUAAAAUGGAGUUUUUUGGCACUCUCUAUGCUUUCUGUCAUAAUAAUGACAUGGUACAUGAUACUUCCUUCGCAUACUGUGAUAGAGCAUACAAACUGGAUGUAUUUCUAUGAAUAUGAGCCAGUUUACAAGCAGAACUUCCUCUUCACACUGCGGGAGCGUUUAAAAUGCAAAGAUACAAAUCCGUUUCUGGUCAUCUUGGUGUCUUCACAACCUAUGGAUAUAGAGGCAAGGCAGGCCAUUAGAGUAACAUGGGGUUCUAAAAAAUCCUGGGGGGACCGUCAGAUUCUAGUACUUUUCUUAUUAGGGAAAGGAGCUGAAAGAGAAGACAGCUUAGAUGCAUUAUCGAUAGAAGAUGAAAGCAUUCUGUAUGGUGACAUAAUUCGCCAAGAUUUUAUGGAUACUUAUAACAAUCUUACCUUGAAAACAAUCAUGGCAUUCAGAUGGGUGUCUGAGUUUUGUUCAAAUACUAAAUACAUUAUGAAGACUGAUUCUGAUGUUUUCAUCAACCCUGGCAACUUAGUAACGUUUCUUCAAAAUAUAAAUUCUUCAGACAGUUUUUUUACUGGUUACCCUCUAAUUGAUAACUUUUCCUACAGAGGGUUUUACAGAAAAACAUACAUUUCUUAUGAUGAAUAUCCAUUUAAGGUAUAUCCUCCAUACUGUAGUGGAAUGGGGUAUAUACUUGAUGGAAAACUGGCUCUGAAGAUUUAUGAAAUGAUGAGCCAUAUCAAACCUAUUAAAUUUGAAGAUGUUUAUGUUGGAAUUUGCUUAAAUAUGCUAAAUGUGAACAUCCAUAUUCUAGAAGAUACACAACUCUUCUUUUUAUACAAAAUUAACUUUAACAUCUGUAAAUAUAGACACUUGAUUGCAGUACAUGGUAUCACUUCAAGUGAAAUGAUGAGAUUUUGGCAGGAUUUAUUGACAGACACUUCACUCAUUUGCUAAUGAUCCGAUGUUAAUAUAGGUCUGUCAAAAGCUGACUGUUUUGUCCUGGCCUCUUGGUUUGAAUUGCACUGUAGAAAGUGUUUAAAUUGAGUUUUGUAGAACAAGGAAAUGGGGUUUUAGAAAGGAUCACUCAGGCUUAUGGGACCACCCUGAUUACGAGGCACAAUUAAAACAGCAGAAUAUCUCUAGAGGGUUUUCAAUAUGGUGUUUUUAAAUUGAGAAUGAGACUUCGUUGCACCUUUUUUAUUCCAGAAUUAUUUAGAUUAUAUGGUAACAGUACUCUGCUCACUCCACCCCUCUAGUUCAUUUCUGAACAGUCUGCUGCAAGUAUGGGGUCAUCCUGCCUGAGUUUCCUGCCACCUCCCCAGGAAUCUGUUGUCUUAUGAAACCGCAGCAGCAGCACCCCUUUUUUCUCAAAGAACUGUCCCACAAACCUAGAUCCUGGGGCAAAGUGCUAUCUGUUUUCCUUCAGAUGGAUACCCUGCCUACUCUAGGGAAUGUCUCAUCCUGGGCCCCCAUCAACACAUGAACUCCUCCUCUGCACUGCAUGAUGCUCAAAGUUGCUUGCUUAGUCAACCCCAAUGAUUCCUUUAGAAAUAGUGUGCCAAGAUUUUCAAAAUUAGCUGUUUAAUUUUAGGCUCCUAUGUUUUCACUGAAGUCAGCAGAAUUUCUAGAUACUCAGCACUUCAGAAAAUCUGGCUGCUUUUUUAGGUGCCUAUAUAUAUAUUUUAUAGAAUUGCCUUAAUGGCUUCAGAAAGCUGCAUUAUUUUAGUGGUAACAGUGUUCUCAGUAUAUUAAGAUAGAGGGCCAGAUCUACAGCAGUGUAACUUAGUUCAAAUAAACUUACUUUCAAGUUACUCUGCAAUAUAGGACAGCAAAAUUUAUGCACUAAUAGGCUCAUCUCCACACCUACCAGAAUCCAGGCAGGGAAAAUAAGCAAUGAGAUUUGCUGUGAAACAUGUCAGUUGAAAUGGCUUUCAAAUGCUGAGAUCAACUUUCAUUUGCAAAAUGAACUGUUUGGUUCAGAGUUUAAAAUAAAAAUUUGGAAAUAUUUCUAGACUUUUUUCUAAGAGGAAUCUUAACACAAGAAAACAAAUGAUAUUUUUUAUGUAAAGACGGGUAUUUUAUUGUCUUAGUCAUAUCAGCAAGGCCAUGUUUCCAGUAGUUUAUGCUUCUGGUAGACAAUACAGAAUCUGCAAGUGCAUUAACACAUUUAUUAUUCUUGACACAUCUAAAAUCUAUCACAUACCAAAGAUACAACAGUGACAUCCUGUACAUCUAGAAUGACAGAGCACUGCCACUUUACUUCUACUCAUACUAUAGCUAAUGAUAUGAUAUUUACAUUUAAUUUCUCUUUUAAAUUGUCUCUUAGAGACAAAUGUAGAAUAGGUAUAAAAUAACUCCACUGCUAGUACCAAGAAUGAGGUUUCAUCAAUAUUUUUUAAUGUGCACUAUGAUCAGUGUUGAAUUUUGAUAACUUCGUAUAACCAUACAUGAUAUCUUACAGGUUAACUUAAAUACUAAAGUGGAAUCUUAGUCGUAGGGGAGAAAAUUGUGUUCACCACCACAAACUAUAGACCCCAAUAUUUUGAACUUUGUUCUAGAAGGGUGCUCACUGUGAUUCAAUUCAAGGUUGUGUGUUUUAUUUUUUUAAACUAGCUUGUAUAGUUUAAUGAAAUUCUAAAGAUAGGUAAUGUCUUCUUUAAAUAUGGUGGGGAGGAAGUGCUAUUCUAAUUUUAGAACUAGAAAUUAUUGCAAAACUGCAACAACUAAACUUCUGGGAUCCACUUAUGAUUUGAUAUGAGUUUUAGUAUAGUUGGGUGGGUGUAUAUAUCAUCUUGUCCAAUGAGUGGGCAUACAUUGAAAAAUUCUCACUACAAAAACAGCUUAUUAUUUUAAACCUACCAUGACACGAACGUUUAUUUAAUAGUGAGUGUUUGCCCCAUGAAUGCUGAUAGUCAGUAUAGUUGGACAGUGGUUAAUAUUGCUUUUUAAAAGAAUACUUUAGGUGGAAUCACAGAAGACUUCAAUCUUCACAAAGCUGAUGCAAGGCAGAUGGCUGCAGCUGCAAAAAUAGGUAUGACAAUAAGAGAAAAGUAAGUAACUUUCUCCAAUCAAGAUACUUUUGUGCCUGACAAGGUUCACUGAUCAGCGAUUGCAGGGCUUUUGCCUUCAGAAAUGUAGAUUUAUACUCAGUUUAUUCAACCUGAAAUUGUAACUUAGUGACAAAACUGAUGAUUUAAUUUGAAACAGCCUCUUUGUAACUUGGACAUUUUUCUUGCUUCUCCCAUUUCUAAACAGAUUUGAACGUAUUUAUUACUAGAAGCAUAAAAUGUGUAAUACUGCUUGCCAUGUUACUUCAAUGGAAAUGUUGGCUAUUUUUAAAAACAAACCUGAUUAUAAGAGGGGAAUUUAAAAUAAUCGUAUGAAUUUACACCAUCAGUCAAUUUUAAUGUAGGCUACAAACUCCUCUGUCCCCUUAACAUCUUCUGAUAGGCUGAAGUUUACACUUCAUUUCUAAGAUUUCUUAUGACCCUGUUUAUGAACUUAUUGGCCUUGCAAAUGACGCAGAUGAAGUAGGUCAAACAUCCUUCAGGACCAUACAUAUUCUCACAGAGGUGGUGUGCACAAAAAUGCGUCAAACAGUGUUUAGCAUUUAGAGUUUUAUUCUAGUGUAUUGAAAAUAGCAUUCACAAUGUAAAAUUACCACUGUAUCUAUCACCUGUAUAUUCUUCCAGUAGAGUUUGCAGAUUUAAGUGUUUAGACAUUUUACUGGGAUUCAUUGAUUGCGUACCUUCAAAUACAAAUAGUAAAUACUUAAACUGUGACUAGGUGCAUUGCAGGAUGAACCAUUUUAAUGAAGACCACAGACUGCAUAUAUUCUUUGCUUGUACCCAGUUUUGGCAUUGUUUUUAUGUCUGCCAUUUGUACAGUACUAAAAAGAAAAUGUACAGUAGACUUACAGAAAAUUGUAUUCAAUCACCUGUUUCAUUUAUCUUGGUAUAGUUGGUUUUUAAAAGUUUGAGUAAUUUAAACUGAAUUUAAUUAUGCUGGGAGUCUGGAUUCACAGUGUACAUAAUGUACGACACAAACUUGAACUAGAAACUGAUUGAGGGUAAACUAAAUAGGAUGUGAACACUGAAUUCCUAAUCUUCUGUCUAUAUCAGAUAUGUUACUUAAAUUAUAAAACGCAGAAGCUGCAAACAUGGGACUCAAUGCUGCACUCCUUAGACAAAAUUCCCACUGAUGUCAAGGGGAUUGAGGCUGAAUGACAUUUUGGAUCCUUAUAGGAAAAUUGUAGCUUUUCCUAUUCUUGAAGUAGAAUAUAUGAUUUGGGAGGGAUCUGAAAUGUGUUCCUCUGAAUGCUGCUUGUUAAAGUGAUCUACUUGAUGCUAUUUAAAAAAAAAUUACACUUCAAAGGUUGAAAAACCAUGUUUGUAUACUAGUAGUAAUCUGUGAUGGAAGGGAAACACACACUUUCCACAAGGCAAGGAUAUAUGGCUUUUAUCUUAUUUCCUUGUGUAGUGGGGUCCAUGUUUUCUAAAAUAUGAAAACUGUAAACUAGUUUAUAAAUACAUGUUGGGCGUCUGAUAAUCAAAAAGGGAUUAUAAUCCCUAACAGGCCCAUUUGGUUUUAGAUUGUUUUUCUGUGGAUGCCUGAUAAAGUAAUUUUCUAAUCUCCGAGAGAAUAUAACCUGUGCUAUUAUGGUUUGUCUCACCUUCAACUAUGGGGCUUUAUUUUGCAUCCUUAAAACAAGCAAAUGCUGCAAUGUAUUGAAUAUAUCAAGUAGAAUAAAUUAAACCCAACUGAGCAUAAUUGUUGUGUUUUUAACUUUAUAGCUAAAACCUCACUAUUUCUAGCCUUGUGACUGUAGUUACUUACUACAUUACUUUCUGCAAUCUUCAUUAAUCUGACGGACUCUUAAUAGCCAGACUUUUAAAAGUUCAUUUAAGGUGUCAGUAGUACAUACAUGCUGACUCACUAUGUAAAAUGAGGAAAAUGUAAUCUGCUGGCUUACCCAGGACUCUUUGUAAUGCUUUGUCUGGUGUGUUCCUUAAAGCUAUAGUGAAAACCUUUCUCUCACAGCUUGUAUUUCUGAAAUAAAAAUACAAACUAAG